GCCGUCUCUGUUUGUUUUGUUGCAAUUUGCACAACAAAAAUUUGUUUUAUAGAGUAAACCCAAAAUGGGCGAAGAAACGAGUAAUUCUACGCAGAAUAAAACCAGAACCAAAACCACGCGACCCAAGGCAGUGUAUCAGUGGACCGUGAGCGAUGUUCUGAAGUGGUAUCGACGCCACUGCGGGGAAUACACCCAAUACGAGCAGCUCUUCGCACAGCACGAUAUAACCGGAAGAGCUCUACUCCGAAUCACAGACUCCUCGCUGCAAAGAAUGGGCGUUACGGACAACAGGGAUCGGGAAGCCAUUUGGCGGGAGAUCGUGAAACAGCGUCUCAAGACAGACAUCAUGGAAAUUCGGGAUAUGGAGAGGCUCAACAUACACUAGGGGUAGAGAUACGAUUGGCACAUAUUUUGUUGUAAAAGUAGAAUAGUUCGAAAGUGAAAUAUAGUUAGGAUCAAAGAUGCUA